AUGAACAACAGAGGAAAUGUGUCUUACCAGGUGGAAAAUCAAACAGUUACCACUGAAUUCCUCCUCCUGGGAUUUGGAGAUCUUCACCAUCUGCAGAUCCUUCUCUUCCUGCUGUUUCUACUCAUCUAUAUUGUGACAGUUACUGGGAAUCUCCUUAUCAUUCUCCUGGUUGUGGCUAAUCAGCACCUGCACACCCCUAUGUAUUUCUUCAUAGGAAACCUAUCCUGUUUGGAGACCUGCUACAGCUCAACCCUCCUACCCAGGAUGCUAGUCAGUUUCGUGAAUGGGGACAGAACCAUUUCUGUUAGUGGUUGCAUAGCACAGUUUUAUUUCUUUGGUUGCUUGGCAGGAGCAGAAUGUUUCCUUUUAUCAGCCAUGUCUUAUGAUCGGUAUUCAGCAAUAUGCAAUCCUCUUCAUUAUCCAAAUAUCAUGAACAGUAAGAUUUGUUUUAUUUUAGCUUCCAGUUCUUGGAUUGGUGGCUUUGCAGUAAACACGGUCAUCAUAUCCUUCAUGUCCCAGUUAACAUUUUGUGGGCCCAAUGAAAUUGACCAUUUCUUUUGUGAUUUUGCUCCAUUAAUGGAGCAUUCAUGCAGUGAUACAUAUCUGGUGACAGUAGUAGAUCUUUCAUUCUCUACAAUCUGUGCUCUUCCUCCUUUUCUUUUGACUCUGGCUUCCUACAUUUGUAUCAUUGCUACAAUUUUAAGGAUCCCAUCAACCUCGGGCAGACAAAAAACAUUUUCGACUUGCUCCUCUCAUUUGAUUGUAGUGACAUCAUUCUUUGGGACUCUAAUUUUGGUCUAUAUUGUUCCAUCUUCACCAUCAGCUGUGGAUGUUAAGAAAAUCUUAUCUGUUUUCUAUACUGUUUUGACACCCCUGGUUAACCCUCUAGUCUAUAGCUUCAGAAAUAAGGAAGUGAAUAUUGCCUUCAGGAAAUUCACUAGCAAACACACACAUUUCCAAAAGAAGUGA